AUGGUCUCAGCGGCCCGUCCAGAUCUCCAGGUGGUUCUGUCCCUCUCUCUCGUGCCACGGCCGCUGCUCUCCUCCCUCUGCUCUGCCUCUGAGGUUGCUGAGGCGCCUCCUGUGAUUUCCCUCCUGGCCAGUGCUCCCUAAAAGAGGCCAAGAUUGCCAAGAUCUGCCCCGUAGCGAGCAUGACAGCCACCACGCGUGGCUCUCCUGUGGGGGGUAACGACAACCAGGCAGGCCAGGCGCCCGACGCUCAGAGUCAGAGCCAGCCCCCGCUGCCACAGAACCAGGUCAGAAACCUCUCUGUCCCAUCCUCUCGUUUCUGUCCUUCACCUCAACAUCCUGUUUUUGCUUUGUCCUGUCUUCUAGUCCUCUUUCCCUUUUCUCCCCCACUUUUCUACCUCUACUCUGCCCCAUUUUCUCCUUCCUCUCACUUCUCCAUGUCUCAACAUCCUCUUCUCUCUCUGGCUUUUCAUUCUUCCUUCUGCUGUUCAUUCCCCUGUUGCCCCAUCCUCUCCUCCUCCUCUUUGUUCUAAAGCACAUAGUAUGACACGAACUCCCUCCUCGUGCCUUGUAAAAAAAAGCUGUCCUGAUUCAUUUAACGUUAACUAUAAAUCCAACCUGUUUUGGCCUCUGAAACCAUAACACAGGAUAAGUUGUUUGUUUGAUAGAUGCUGUGUUGAUGUAUUGUUUAGACUUCAGUGUUGUUCUGUUACAAAUACUGCACCAGUGGCCCACAUUGUCACAGCAGCACAGAGAAUCAUCUAAUUGAAUUAAACUGCAGAGGGAGUAGCGGGGGGGUGUGUGACAGAGAGAAUGUGUGUGUCUGCGGGAAACACUGCAUCACAGUUUUUCAUUCAACAGUCAGUGCUCACACCUAAGCACACAGAGGGAGAGAGAAAGAAGGCAGGCAGACUGGGAAGGAGGAGGAAGGAAUCAAUGAACACAAGCCCCAGAGUAAUAGAUAAAGACAAAGAAAGAGUGUGUGUGUGUGGGUUAGAGAUGAGUAGCGCCCAGACGUGAGAGGCAAGCUGGCUAUGUAGGUCAACCAAGCAGAAGGAGCCUUCUCCACACACCCCCACAUUUCCCAAGUUCUGCAGCUUCGCUACUCGCAUCAGACACACACACACUUGCUGCAACCACUGCUGCUCAUACAUACUAACAGUUGUUAACAUAUGUCAGUUAGACACACACACAGUUAUUGAAGACAUGAUGGGAAUAAAGAACAAUCCAUCUGUGGAUUUUCACAGCCUUACAAUUCAGAGACAUGCUGCAAAUCUCCCAAUGUCAUCAAUGCAUGAUUUGAGUGAAAGUCUGAGUGACGGGUACAGAUCCCAAGUUAGGAUCAAAUGAUGUGCACUUGUGUUGGAGAGUGAAUGUUGUUGGGAACUGGGAAUAGACUGGUUCUGUCCAGAUGACUAUCGCAAGGCUCUCUAGCUCUCCUGUUAUAUAUUAUGAGUCAGUGUUUCCCCUAGUUUUUUUCCAGGCGGGGUAUUGCGAAAUUGGGAUUUGGGGAAUAUAUUCUGUUUUGAUGGUGUGUGUGUGUGUGUGUGUGUGUUUCAGACGUCAUCCCCUAACUCCACCAAUGAGAACUCUCCAGUGAGCCCCCCGGAUGAGCAGGGUCAGGGGGAUGCCCCCCCCCAGCUGGAGGAGGAGGAGCCUGCCUUCCCUCACACAGACCUGGCCAAGCUGGACGACAUGAUCAACAGGUACAAACACACUCUUACACACACGGCCAAGCUGAACGACAGGUGUAUGUGUGACACUGAUUUAUGCGCGUUUGAGUGUGUGUGUGUUGAUGUAAGGAGGUGUGUGGGUGUGGUUGUGAGAAGGAAUGUGUGUAUCUCUGUAUUAAUGUGGAUGUUUUGUUUCCAGACCCCGCUGGGUGGUUCCAGUUCUUCCAAAGGGAGAGUUAGAGGUUCUUCUAGAAGCUGCUAUAGAGCUUAGUAAAAAAGGUAAGAAUGUUGACUCAUUCUAUUCCUCAAAUCACUCCUCAAUACUUUGAACUAUGGCAAGCAAGAUGGUAUAGAAAGCUUGGCUAUGUACACAUCUGAAAUAUUAUGACUGCACUGUAUUUCACCCAAAGUGUAUGGAGUUUAGACUUGCUUGGUAGCUGACUCUCUUACUUUCGCUUUGUCAAUGACUCAUGAAAUAUAAUCUGCAUAGUUAAUCUUUAGAUUGAUAAUUGACCUGCAGCCCUUCCAAUAAAACAUAUGUGGUACAGUGGCGGUCGGUGAUGUUUAAGAUGAGGGAGGACGAUAUUGUUUUUAUGAGCAUGGGCUUAUUUCUAUUACAGCGUUUUGGAUGACUGUAAUUCAUAUUCCAUUCACCCAGCUCAAUGUAAAAUUGAUAGGUUUAGGCUACUACAUGAUACUCAAAUUUUCCCUAUACCCAUUAUAGGGCUGGGCGAUAUGGACAGAAUCUCAUAUCACAAUAAAUUAUAAGUGAUUUCAAUGGAACCUUCUCCAUUUUAUAUUGUUGAAUCCAACUUUUAUUAUAAUUUCAAAACUGUGCCCACACAGCAUGAUAUGGGCAGGAAAAUCUAGGCCUAGUUAACAGUUAGAAUCAUGGAAAUAUAAUGUAUUUUCUAAUUCUAUAAUUCUAUAGCCAACUAACUAGCGAUUAGCAUUAGCAAAUUAUUUUAGCAACACCUUGCUAAGAAAAGAAAAACUAGCAAACCGUAGUUGGCAGACAGUAAGAUGCACAAACUAAUAGUGUAAUUAUAGAAUACUUGUGGAAAGCAGCAUGUCACCAACAUUGUUGCAUCCAUCUGACCAUGUAGAGGGAAUGGCAAGAAAGGGCUUGUGACUCUGUGGUCGAACAACUGCUCUCUCCUUGAGUGAUGGGGCAGGGCUUGGUGUGUUUGGUGGCAUGCAGCAGGAGGAGAGUGAGAGAGAAGACUCAAGUAGUAAAUGGAGUAAACUAUCAAAACUGACAUUUAUACGCGCCAGAGUUGAGUAUCACAUUUAACAAACCAAACAUUGAAUUAAAAACUCAAACCGGUCCGUGCAUCAACACCGGUAUAUAGUAAAAUACAGUAUACCGCACAGCUCUAACCCAUAAUGAGGUUGCUACAACCUAGCCUAUGAAUGAAAGUUUACAACGUAGGUGCACAGGCCGAGAGAGAAAUGAGAGUAAUCAAGGUGACAGACAGUGACACAUUCAGUACCGCCUUGCACACUCUUGCCUGCAUCUUGUUGAUCUAGGGCAAGGGGGGGGGGGGCAAAGUACGGCAUUAAAAAAUAUAUUAAAUAUUAUUAUAUUUGAGUUACGAUUUUUGGCCUAAAAUGACUCAUUCCAUGAUAUACAAACAACCUCCAAUAGAAAGCGCUGUAGCCUGGCAGCGCGCUCUGUAUUUGGGCCUACAGUCAGAUUCAGAAUGCGCUCAGUCAUCAUAGCCACUUCAUUGCUUGACGACUUUUGACGUGAAAAAUGAAUGCUACGAAAAUGAGAAAAGUGGACUCUGAAUGUAAUGGGUUUAAAGAAGAAUGGACAGCAAAAUACUUUUACUAAUAUUGGACAUAAGGUGGUAUGUCUGAUAUGCCAAGAAAGUGUUGCCGUUUUUAAGGAAUAUGAUCUCAAUCGUCAUUUUUCAAGCAAGCAUGCUAAAAGUGUGUUAAAGCUGGAAAAUGUUGUCAAACUUUAUACGGUCAAAGGGGCUUAGCCAUCGUCGGUUCAUUCAGCUGCUCAAUAACACAGAGGCAGAGCACCAGGACUAGUUGUACCAUUCAAAUGUGCGUUGGCUAAGCCUGGGAAAAGUAUUUCGCCGUGUGUGGGAACUGAGAGGUGAGAUGGGUAUGUUCCUUGAUACGGUUGGUAAAGCGGAAGACUUCUCAGAGUUGAAAGACACAGACUGGCUGGGCGACUUUGCUUUGGGUGUGGACAUAUUGGGGCAUCUGAACGAUCGAAAUGUGAAACUGCAGGGAAAUUGUGUUUUUGUGCAUGAACUGUAUUCCAACGUGAAAGCAUUGAAGGCCGAACUUAUGUUGUUCUCCAGACAAAUGAGCAGCCGGUCUCUCGCUCAUUUUCCGACACUGGCUGCACUGAACGCGCCCACAUCGCAGUGCCGCACUGAGACAUACAGUAGCACUUUGAUCGACCUGCAUGCUGAGUUUUCCCGCCGCUUCUCAGACUUCACCAAGACUGAGCUGGAGCUUGUAUCAUGCCCCCUGUCUUUCGACAGUGAGAAAGCACCACCAGACAUAUAAUUGGAGCUCAUCGACAUCCAAUGUGACAGUGCUUUGAAGGAGAAGUACAAAACAGCAACAAUAGACCAGUUCUAUGGCUCACUGAAUGAAACAAAGUUUCCAAACAUUAAAAAGCACGCCCAAAGGAUGCUUGUUUUAUUCGGGUCCACAUACAGUGUGGUAUUUGAUACACUGCCGAUUUUGCAGGUUUUCCUACUUACAAAGCAUGUAGAGGUCUGUAAUUUUUAUCAUAGGUACACUUCAACUGUGAGAGACGGAAUCUAAAACAAAAAUCCAGAAAAUCACAUUGUAUGAUUUUUAAGUAAUUAAUUUGCAUUUUAUUGCAUGACAUAAGUAUUUGAUCACCUACCAACCAGUAAGAAUUCCGUCUCUCACAGACCUGUUAGUUUUUCUUUAAGAAGCCCUCCUGUUCUCCACUCAUUACCUGUAUUAACUGCACCUGUUUGAACUCGUUACCUGUAUAAAAGACACCUGUCCACACACUCAAUCAAACAGACUCCAACCUCUCCACAAUGGCCAAGACCAGAGAGCUGUGUAAGGACAUCAGGGAUACAAUUGUAGAUCUGCACAAGGCUGGGAUGGGCUACAGGACAAUAGGCAAGCAGCUUGGUGAGAAGGCAACAACUGUUGGCGCAAUUAUUAGAAAAUGGAAGAAGUUCAAGAUGACGGUCAAUCACCCUCGGUCUGGGGCUCCAUGCAAGAUCUCACCUCGUGGGGCAUCAAUGAUCAUGAGGAAGGUGAGGGAUCAGCCCAGAACUACACGGCAGGACCUGGUCAAUGACCUGAAGAGAGCUGGGACCACAGUCUCAAAGAAAACCAUUAGUAACACACUACGCCGUCAUGGAUUAAAAUCCUGCAGCGCACGCAAGGUCCCCCUGUUCAAGCCAGCGCAUGUCCAGGCCCGUCUGAAGUUUGCCAAUGACCAUCUGGAUGAUCCAGAGGAGGAAUGGGAGAAGGUCAUGUGGUCUGAUGAGACAAAAAUAGAGCUUUUUGGUCUAAACUCCACUCGCCGUGUUUGGAGGAAGAAGGACAACCCCAAGAACACCAUCCCAACCGUGAAGCAUGGAGGUGGAAACAUCAUUCUUUGGGGAUGCUUUUCUGCAGAGGGGACAGGACGACUGCACCGUAUUGAGGGGAGGAUGGAUGGGGCCAUGUAUCGCUAGAUCUUGGCCAACAACCUCCUUCCCUCAGUAAGCGCAUUGAAGAUGGGUUGUGGCUGGGUUUUACAGCAUGACAAUGUCCUGAAACACACAGCCAGGGCAACUAAGGAGUGGCUCCGUAAGAAGCAUCUCAAGGUCCUGGAGUGGCCUAGCCAGUCUCCAGACCUGAACCCAAUAGAAAAUCUUUGGAGGUAGCUGAAAGUCCGUAUUGCCCAGCGACAGCCCCGAAACCUGAAGGAUCUGGAGAAGGUCUGUAUGGAGGAGUGGGCCAAAAUCCCAGCUGCAGUGUGUGCAAACCUGGUCAAGACCUACAGGAAACGUAUGAUCUCUGUAAAUCCAAACACAGGUUUCUGUACCAAAUAUUAAGUUCUGCUUUUCUGAUGUAUCAAAUACUUAUGUCAUGCAAUCAAAUGCAAAUUAAUUACUUAAAAAUCAUACAAUGUGAUUUUCUGGAUUUUUGUCUCUUACAGGUGACGUGUACCUAUGAUAAAAAUUACAGACCUCUACAUGCUUUGUAAGUAGGAAAACCUGCAAAAUCGGCAGUGUAUCAAAUACUUGUUCUCCCCACUGUAUGUGUGCGCACAAACGUUCGCAGUCAUGAAUUGCAACAAAUCCCGUCACAGGUCAAAUUUAACAAAUUACCACUUGUCAGCUGUUCUGAGAAUCUCUACAUCAAAGAUGACACCAGACAUUGAUGCCCUUGCCAAGAGAGGUGACCAGACCCAUUGUUCACAUUAAGACUUGAAUAACUGUGACUGGGGUAGGCAAGGAUUAUGUGUUUUCAUGGUGAUGGUUCCCCACGAUAUACAACUUUUCAGGGAAGUUAGGAACCAAUAUACACAAGCAGUUAGGAAAGCAAAGGCUAACUUUUUCAAACAGAAAUGUGCAUCCUGUAGCACUAACUCCAAAAAGUUUUGAGACACUGUAAAGUCCAUGGAGAAUAAGAGCACUUCCUCCCAGCUGCCCACUGCACUGAGGCUAGGAAACACUAUUACCACCGAUAAAUCUACAAUAAUCGAGAAUUUCAACAAGCAUUUCAACCUGUUCAACCUCUCUUUCGUAACGUCUGAGAACCCCAAAGCUGCCGCGGUCAUCCCCCUCUUCAAAGGGGGGUGACACUCUAGAUCCAAACUGUUACAGACCUAUAUCCAUCCUGCCCUGCCUUUCGAACGUUUUUGAAAGCCAAGUUAACAAACAGAUCACCGACCAUUUAGAAUCCCACCGUACCUUCUCCGCUAUGCAAUCCGGUUUCCGAGCUGGUCAUGGGUGCACCUCAGCCACACUCAAGGUCCUAAACGAUAUUAUAACCGCGAUCGAUAAUAGACAGUACUGUGCAGCCGUCUUCAUCGACCUGGCCAAGCCUUUCGACUCUGUCAACCACCGCAUUCUUAUUGGCAGACUAAAUAGCCUUGGUUUCUCAAAUGACUGCCUCGCCUGGUUCACCAACUUCUUCUCAGAGACCUAUGGGGGUGCCACAGGGUUCAAUUAUUGGGCCGACUCUUUUCUCCGUGUAUAUCAAUGAUGUCGCUCUUGCUGCUGGUGACUCUCAGAUCCACCUCUACGCAGACGACACCAUUUUGUAUACAUCUGGCCCUUCAUUGGACACUGUGUUAACAAACCUCCAAACGAGCUUCAAUGCCAUACAACACUCCUUCAGUAGCCUCCAACUGCUCUUAAACACUAGUAAAACUAAAUGCAUGCUCUUCAAUCGAACGCUGCUGGCACCCGCCCACCCGACUAGAAUCACUACUCUCGACGGGUCUGACCUAGAGUAUGUGGACAACUACAAAUACCUAGGUGUCUGGUUAGACUGUAAACUCUCCUUCCAGACUCACAUUAAGAAUCUCCAAUCCAAAGUUAAAUCUAGAAUCGGCUUCCUAUUUCUCAACAAAGCCUCCUUCACUCAUGCUGCCAAAAAUGCCCUCGUAAAUCUGACUAUCCUACCGAUCCUUGACUUCGGCGAUGUCAUUUACAAAAUAGCCUCCAACACUCUACUCAGCAAAUUGGAUGUAGUCUAUCACAGUGCCAUCCAUUUUGUCUCCAAAGCCCCAUACACUACCCACCACUUUGACCUGUACGCUCUUGUUGGCUGGUCCUCACUACAUGUUCGUCGUCAAAACCCACUGGCUCCAGGCCAUCUAUAAAUCACUGCUAGGCAAAUCCCCGCCUUAUCUUAGCUCGUUGGUCACCAUAGCACCAUAGCAGCUCCAGCAGGUAUAUCUCACUGGUCAUCCCCAAAGCCAACACCUCCUUUGGCCGCCAUUCCUUCCAGUUCUCUGCUGCCAAUGACUGGAACGAAUUGCAAAAAUCUCUGAAGCUGGAGACUGUUAUCUCCCUCACUAACUUUAAGCAUCAGUUGUCAGAGCACCUUACCGAUCACUGCACCUGUACACAGCCCAUCUGAAAUUAGCCCACCCAACUACCUCAUCCCUAUAUUGUUAUUUAUUUUGCUCUUUUGCACCCCAGUAUCUCUAUUUGCACAUAAUCUCUUGCACAUCUAGCAUUCCAUUGUUAAUACUAAUUGUAAUUAUUUUGCACUAUAGCCUAUUUAUUGCCUUACCUCCAUAACUUGCUACAUUUGCACACACUGUAUAUAUAUUUUCUGUUGUAUUUUUGACUUUAUGUUUUGUUUUACCCCAUAUGUAACUCUGUGUUGUUGUUUUUAUCGCACUGCUUUGCUUGGCCAGGUCGCAGUUGUAAAUGAGAACUUGUUCUCAACUGGCUUACCUGGUUAAAUAAAAAACUGUAGUGAGAAUUAUCCAGCAAUGCACUUGAAUACAGGUAAUAACUAAUCAGUCAGAUUUGGGCUGAGGUGAUUGGAUAACUGUAAAUAUGUCUCACAAUGGAGAUGAGAAUUGUUCCUUAAUAUGCUUUCAAAAUUAGACCUUUCCAAAUGAAACGGAUGCUCUUACCAUAUGUUUCACUCAAAUUUUAGAAUAGCUAUUUUUUGUACACCUCUGCUGUUACAUUUUGCAUGUCUCCAGUCAUGUAAUAUAUCUAUUUUUAAUAAUAAUAUAAUAUGCCAUUUAGCAGACCAUAUUGUGACUAAGUUUGAUUGUACUUUACAAGGGUAGAGAUGCAGGAUCUGUGUGUGUGUGUUUGACUGUCUGUGAUAUAAAUUAUAUCAAUUUUGUGAAAAUGUGUUCACAAAAAACAAGGGUAGAGAUGGUACAAGGGUAGAAUUGUUCUGCAAACAUAUUUACACCUACAGUACACUAGUAGUUGAGUGUCAAUGUGAAAAUGAAUAAAGGCUUCACAUGUUUUGUCAUGCAUAUAGUAUGUGGCCAUUCACUUGGUUUCAAAAACUAAAUGUGGCCCUUGAGCGAAAAGGUUUGCCCACCCCUGAUCUGCAUUCGCUAGCUAAGUGAAAGGGGAAAAAAAUAUAUACAGAAAUAUAGCUAGUUGCUCUCGCUUUCUCUCUUGCUUCUCCAUUUUUAAAGAAACUAUUUUUUUCGAAACUGUUCAAAUAUUGUCUCUCUCUCAUAGUGAGUCAACUACUCACCACAUUUUAUGCACCGCAGUGCUAGCUAGCUGUAGCUUAUGCUUUCAGUACUAUAUUAAUUCUCUGAUCCUUUGAUUGGGUGGACAACAUGUCAGUUCAUGCUGCAAGAGCUCUGAUUGGUUGAAGGACGUCCUCCGGAAGUUGUCGUAAUUAUUGUUUAAGUCUAUGUAAGGGGGUGAGAACCAUGAACCUCCUACGUUUUGUAUUGAAGUCAAUGUACCCAGAGGAGGAUGUAAACUAGCUGUCUUCCGGCUACACCAUGGUGCUACCUUACAGAGUGCUGUUGAGGCUACUGUAGACCUUCAUUGCAAAACAGUGUGUUUUAAUCAAUUAUUUGGUGACGUGAAUAUAUUUUAGUAUAGUUUUUAACAAUUUAAAUUUUUAUGAAAUUCACUGAGGAGGAUGGUCCUCCCCUUCCUCCUCUGAGGAGCCUUCACUGAUGUGGGAGUACAAUAUCUCCAUGCACCUAAUUAUUUUCUCUCUGUUUAGGACUUGAUGUGAAGUGUGAGGCGUGCCAGAGGUUUUUCAGAGAUGGCCUGACCAUCUCCUUCACCAAGAUUCUUACGGAUGAGGCCGUCAGCGGGUGGAAGUUUGAGAUCCAUGUGAGUCGUCUUUAUUGUAUUUAAUCAGGAUAGUGCUCUCAAGAACAAUGGUCACUGUUUUUCAAGAAGUCAUGGGUCCUCUUCAAUACUUUGAAAACCCUUCUUCCCCAGUCCCUUCCUUAGGUUAAUCACUCAUUUGUCACGAUUGGAUUGGUGAAACCUAUCCAGUGGAGAUCCAGUUUUUUGACCAAUCCAAUUGUGUUGAAUCCAAUUGUGUUAAUUGUGAUUAACUCAAGGAGGGAAGGAUGCAUUUCUGAAGAUGUAUUCAAACAGGGCCUUGCUAAGGGGAGUGACGACACCAGAAGCACCCUGCUGUUGAGAUCCGAUCAAUUUAUUUUCUGUCCUUCUCUGUUGAAAGCAAAGCAGUUGGUUUAUGUUCCUCUGCCUCAGUCUUGUCGAUAAACACAGUUUGCUAUCUGGUCCCCUGAGCUGGAAAGAAGGUAAAAUGAACAGAGAGAAUGCCAGGGGUGAUCAAGGCUCUUUUUAUUGGAGGAGGGGGCUUUGGUUUGGCUGUUUUGUUUAACUCUGUAACAUUGACUGAGUACAAUAUCAAAGGGGAAGGUGGAGCUCAUUUCAGAUCUGAGAAAAGUCAGGGGUAGGGUGGAUAUGAUAUCAAACUAGACAAUAUACAUAGUUUGAUGGAACUGGAUAGUUUUAAGCAAUAUGGAGGAAGCUCCCCCUAAGCUCUCAGCUAGGCUAUGUGGUCGUCACUUGUUACCACAGCCACAACGUAAUAAUUAUGUCUAAACCCUGCCUAUUUCUAUAAUCUCUCUUCUUAAAAUCUGAUUUUAAACCUAACCACACUGCUAACCAGGGGUUGGAACAGAAAUGAUUUCCCAAUUGUUUCGUUCUGAACAGGACCACUACUUUUUUUGUUCUGUUCCACUGUUCAUACCAGCAUUAUAAAGUUCUGAACCGGUUCAAACGAAAAAAAGGACCGGUUUAUAUCGUUCCUUUCUGUUCCUUUUUUAACCAGUGAAAUCAACAUAGUUUUUGCAUUUAGCUCAUUAAGUAACUCCAUCAAUCACUGCGGAUAGAGCAGCUUGCUAUGGACCGGGCAAGCUAGUUUACAUGCUUGAUGGACAGUGUAGGGCGCGAGAUCUGACUGACAUUUUGUUGUGGGAGAGAUCGAGAUGGACAUGACAUGGAGGCUUGGCUUGUCUUGAAGCACUGGGCAUCAUGAUAUAACGUGCAUUAUAAUGUUUUUAGGAUAUUAGUAGUAGGCCUAUCAAUUACAUAAUACUAGCUACAUACAGUUGAAGUUGGAGGUUUAUAUACACUUAGGUGGGAGUCAUUAAAACUAGUUUUUCAACCACUCCACAAAUGUCUUGUUAACAAACUAUUGUUUUGGCAAGUCGGUUAGGACAUCUACUUUGCAUGACACAAGUAAUUUUUCCAACAAUUGUUUAGAUAGAUUAUUUCACUUAUAAUUCACUGUAUCACAAUUCCAGUGGGUCAGAAGUUUACAUACACUAAGUUGACUGUGCCUUUAAACAGCUUGGAAAAUUCCAGAAAAGGAUGUCAUGGCUUUAGAUGCUUCUGAUAGGCUAAUUGACAUCAUUUGAGUCAAUUGGAGGUGUACCUGUGGAUGUAUUUCAAGGCCUACCUUCAAAUUCAGUGCCUCUUUGUUUGACAUCCAAGACUUCAGAAAAAAAAUGGUAGACCUCCACAAGUCUGGUUCAUCCUUGGGAGCAAUUUCCAAAUGCCUGAAGGUACCACGUUCAUCUGUACAAACAAUAGUACGCAAGUAUAAACACUAUGGGACCAAGCAGCCGUCAUACCGCUCAGGAAGGAGAUGCGUUCUGUCUCCUAGAGAUAAACGUACUUUGGUGCGAAAAGUGCAAAUCAAUCCCAGAACAACAGCAAAGGACCUUGUGAAGAUGCUGGUGGAAACCGGUACAAAAGUACAGUGAGGGGAAAAAAGUAUUUGAUCCCCUGCUGAUUUUGUACGUUUGCCCACUGACAAAGAAAUGAUCAGUCUGUAAUUUUAAUGGUAUAUUUAUUUGAACAGUGAGAGACAGAAUAACAACAAAAAAAUCCAGAAAGAUGCAUGUCAAAAAUGUUAUAAAUUGAUUUGCAUUUUAAUGAGGGAAAUAAGUAUUUGACCCCCUCUCAAUCAGAAAGAUUUCUGGCUCCCAGGUGUCUUUUAUACAGGUAACGAGCUGAGAUUAGGAGCACACUCUUAAAGGGAGUGCUCCUAAUCUCAGCUUGUUACCUGUAUAAAAGACACCUGUCCACAGAAGCAAUCAAUCAAUCAGAUUCCAAACUCUCCACCAUGGCCAAGACCAGAGAGCUCUCCAAGGAUGUCAGGGACAAGAUUGUAGACCUACACAAGGCUGGAAUGGGCUACAAGACCAUCGCCAAGCAGCUUGGUGAGAAGGUGACAACAGUUGGUGCGAUUAUUCGCAAAUGAAGAAACACAAAAGAACUGUCAAUCUCCCUCGGCCUGGGGCUCCAUGCAAGAUCUCACCUCGUGGAGUUGCAAUGAUCAUGAGAACGGUGAGGAAUCAGCCCAGAACUACACAGGAGUGUCUUGUCAAUGAUCUCAAGGCAGCUGGGACCAUAGUCACCAAGAAAACAAUUGGUAACACACUACGCCGUGAAGGACUGAAAUCGUGCAGCGCCCUCAAGGUCCCCCUGCUCAAGAAAGCACAUAUACAGGCCCAUCUGAAGUUUGCCAAUGAACAUCUGAAUGAUUCAGAGGAGAACUGGGUGAAAGUGUUGUGGUCAGAUGAGACCAAAAUUGCGCUCUUUGGCAUCAACUCAACUCACCGUGUUUGGAGGAGGAGGAAUGCUGCCUAUGACCCCAAGAACACUAUCCCCACCGUCAAACAUGGAGGUGGAAACAUUAUGCUUUGGGGGUGUUUUUCUGCUAAGGGGACAGGACAACUUCACCGUAUCAAAAGGACGAUGGACGGGGCCAUGUACCGUCAAAUCUUGGGUGAGAACCUCCUUCCCUCAGCCAGGGCAUUGAAAAUGGGUCGUGGAUGGGUAUUCCAUCAUGACAAUGACCCAAAUCACACGGCCAAGGCAACAAAGGAGUAGCUCAAGAAGAAGCACAUUAAGGUCCUGGAGUGGCCUAGCCAGUCUCCAGACCUUAACCCCAAUGAAAAUCUGUGGAGGGAGCUGAAGGUUCGAGUUGCCAAACGUCAGCCUCGAAACCUUAAUGACCUGGAGAAGAUCUGCAAAGAGGAGUGGGACGAAAUCCCUCCUGAGAUGUGUUCAAACCUGGUGGCCAACUACAAGAAACGUCUGACCUCUGUGAUUGCCAACAAGGGUUUUGCCACCAAGUACUAAGUCAUGUUUUGCAGAGGGGUCAAAUACUUAUUUCUCUCAUUGCAAAUCAAUUCAUAACAUUUUUGACAUGCGUUUUUCUGGAUGUUUUUGUUGUUAUUCUGUCUCUCACUGUUCAAAUAAACCUACCAUUAAAAUUAUAGACUGAUCAUGUCUUUGUCAGUGGGCAAACGUACAAAAUCAGCAGGGGAUCAAAUACUUUUUUCCCUCACUGCAUCUAUAUCCACAGUAAAAUGAGUCCUAUAUCAACAUAACCUGAAAGGCCGCUCAGCAAGGAAGAAGCCACUGCUCCAAAACCGCCAUAAAAAAGCCAGACUAUGGUUUGCAACUGCACAUGGGACAAAGAUCGUACUUUUUGGAGAAAUGUCCUCUGGUCUGAUGAAACAAAAAUUGAACUGGUUGGCCAUAAUGACCAUCGUUAUGUUUGGAGGAAAAAGGGGAAGGCUUGCAAGACGAAGAACACCAUCCCAACCGUGAAGCAUGGGGGUGGCAGCAUCAUGCUGUGGGGGUGCUUUGCUGCAGGAGGGACUGGUGCACUUCACAAAAUCGAUGGCGUCAUGAAGAAGGAAAAUUAUGUGGAUAAUAUUGAAGCAACAUCUCAAGACAUCCGUCAGGAAGUUAAAGCUUGGUCGCAAAUGGGUCUUCCAAAUGGACAAUGACCCCAAGCAUACUUCCAAAGUUGUGGCAAAAUGGCUUAAGGACAACAAAGUCAAGGUAUUGGAGUGGCCAUCACAAAGCCCUGACCUCAAUCCUAUAGAACAUUUGUGGGCAGAACUGAAAAAGCGUGUGCGAGCAAGGAGGCCUACAAACCUAACUCAGUUACACCAGCUCUGUCAGGAGGAAUGGGCCACAAUUCACCCAACUUAUUGUGGGAAGCUUGUGGAAGGCUACCUGAAAUAAGUUAAACAAUUUGAAGGCAAUGCUACCAAAUACUAAUUGAGUGUAUGUCAACUUCUGACCCUCUGGGAAUGUAUUGAAAGAAAUAAAAGCUGAAAUAAAUCAUUCUCUCUACUAUUAUUCUGAUAUUUUACAUUCUUAAAAUAAAGUGGUGAUCCUAACUGACCUAAGACAGGACAUUUUUACUAUGAUUAAAUGUCAGGAAUUGUGUAAAACUGAGAUGAAAUGUAUUUGGCUAAGGUGUAUGUAAACUUCCGACUUCAACUGUAACUAAGGAGGAGCGGCUAAUAUGGAGGACAUCUGAACGUCUGAUAGUUGACUCAUCACCGAGGCUAGCUCAAUGCCCUGGACCAGAGCUAGCUAACAAGGUGGUGUGUGCAGCGACACCAGAAUUCAAAACACGUCUUAACGUUUUUUGUUAAGUAUGAAAAUGUAUGCUCUCACUAACUGUAAGACGCUCUGGAUAAGAGCGUCUGCUAAAUGACUAAAAUGUAAAAAUGUAAAAUUUUAAUAAAUCCAAUGUGAAACGUGAUAACUAUAGUAUCCUUAACCUAGAAAUCAUGCUGGCAGGCAGACACUUGAAGGAGAAGUUUCUGAGUGACAGAGUGAGUGCUUUGCAAAGGCACUUUGAUGUUUUUUUGUAUUUUUUUGGGGGGGGGGGUGGAAAAAAACCUCAAUGGUUUAGUAACCCGUUCCUAUGGCCUUUUUAAAUAAUGGUUUAGCUUCCCGGAACACUAGAGAUCACUUUCUGUAACCCAAUUUCUCAAAGUGCAUUGGUGCUUGACUAGCCUGAUCCCAGGUCUGUUUUUGAGGUCCUGCUGACGUUGGCCAGACAGCACAAACAGAUCUGGGACUAGCAUAGUGGUUGACAGGAGGAAGAGUCAAAGGACUGCCAUGUCUUCUGCUCGUGGUGUCACUAGCCCCUCAGCAAACCUCAGAUCUAUUGCUUUGUACAGGCUUUGAAGAAGCUUCAGGUAAACAUAAUUGUUAAUUGACAGACAUGUUUAAAUAUUACAGAUGUGUGUAUCAACUAUAUAUCACGUAGAUGUGGAGGGUAUUGACUUGGUCCAUGUGCUCUUUGGAGCUCUUUCACAGCUUCAAGCAAGGUCAAGCCUUAUUCCCACAACGCAUGCAGUAGGUAAUGUUGAAAAACAAGAAACUAUACUGAACAAAAAUAUAAACGCAACAUGCAACAAUUUCACAGAUUUUACUAAGUUAGUUCAUAUAAGGAAAUCAGUCAAUUGAAAGAAAUGGUAUUCCGAAACCCUUAGAGAUCCACUUCUGUUCUCGGUUCUAUUUCCUUUCUCCUCUAAAACAAUUUGUCCUCCAGUUUUCUGUUAUUUUAAACCGUUUCCAACCCCCUCUGCUAACCUUAUGCUGAAACCCCUAACCUUAAAUUAAGUCCAAAGAGCGAAUUCUUGUUUUCAUGAAUUUCUACGAUGUAACCAACUUUGAAUUUGUGGCUGUGGUAACUAGUGUCAACCAGGCUAUGUGGAGCCGUCACCAUAUUGCUGACACCUAUCUGAUUCCUACAGGUCUGCAAAGACUGAAGGGUUAGGGGCUAUAGUAGGGGUUUUGUCUUGGCACAAGACUACACUUCAUCAAGGCUUUAUCAAAAUGUUCUCUGUAUCAGGAAUACUAUUACUACUUACAGUUGAAGUCGGAAGUUUACAUACACCUUAGCCAAAUACAUUUAAACUCAGUUUUUCACAAUUCCUGACAUUUAAUCCUAGUACAAAUUCCCUGUCUAGGUCAGUUAGGAUCACCACGUUAUUUUAAGAAUGUGAAAUGUCAGAAUAAUAGUAGAGAGAUUUUAUUUUAGCUUUUAUUUCUUUCAUCACAUUCCCAGAGGGUCAGAAGUUUACAUGCACUGAAUUAGUAUUAGGUAACAUUGCCUUUUAAAUUGUUUAACUUGGGUCAAAUGUUUUGGGUAGCCUUCCACAAGCUUCCCACAAUAAGUUGGGUGAAUUUUGGCCCAUUCCUCCUGACAGUCAGGUUUGUAGGCCUCCUUGCUCGCACAUGCCUUUUCAGUUCUGCCCACAAAUGUUCUAUAGGAUUGAGGUCAGGGCUUUGUGUUGGCCACUCCAAUACCUUGACUUUGUUGUCCUUAAGCCAUUUUGUCACAACUUUGGAAGUAUGCUUGGGGUCAUUGUCCAUUUGGAAAACCCAUUUGCGACCAAGCUUUAACUUCCUGACUGAUGUCUUGAGAUGUUGCUUCAAUAUAUCCACAUAAUUUUCCUUCCUCAUGAUGCCAUCUAUUUUGUGAAGUGCACCAGUCCCUCCUGCAGUAAAGCACCCCCACAGCAUGAUGCUGCCACCCCCGUGCUUCACGGUUGGGAUGGUGUUCUUCGGCUUGCAAGCCACCCCCUUUUUCCUCCAAACAUAACGAUGGUCAUUAUGGCCAAACAGUUCAAUUUUUGUUUCAUCAGACCAGAGGACAUUUCUCCAAAAAGUACAGUCUUUGUCCCCAUGUGCAGUUGCAAACUGUAGUCUGACUUUUUUAUGGCGGUUUUGGAGCAGUGGCUUCUUCCUUGCUGAGUGGACUUUCAGGUUAUGUCGAUAUAGGACUUGUUUUACUGUGGAUAUAGAUACCUUUGUGCCUGUUUCCUCCAGCAUCUUUUACAAGGUCCUUUGCUGUUGCUCUGGGAUUGAUUUGCACUUUUCGCACCAAAGUACGUUCAUCUCUAGGAGACAGAACGCGUCUCCUUCCUGAGCGGUAUGACGGCUGCGUGGUCCCAUGGUGUUUAUACUUGCGUGCUAUUGUUUGUACAGAUGAACGUGGUACCUUCAGGCGUUUGGAAAUUGCUCCCAAGGAUGACCCAGACUUGUGGAGGUCUACAAUUUUUUUUCUGAGGUCUUGGCUGAUUUCUUUUGAUUUUCCCAUGAUGUCAAGCAAAUAGGCACUGAGUUUGAAGGUACGCCUUGAAAUACAUCCACAGGUACACCUCCAAUUGACUCAAAUGAUGUAAAUUAGCCUAUCCAAGCUGUUUGAAGGCAGUCAACUUAGUGUAUGUAAACUUCUGACCCACUGGAAUUGUGAUACAGUGAAUUAUAACUGAAAUAAUCUGUCUGUAAACAAUUGUUGGAAAAAUUACUUGUCAUGCACAAAGUAGAUGUCCUAACCGACUUGCCAAAACUAUAGUUUGUUAACAAGAAAUUUGUGGAGUGGUUGUAAAACGAGUUAACUACUCCAACUUAAGUGUAUGUAAACUUCUGACUUCAACUGUGCAUUUGUAUGUUACAAUUGAAAUAUACGUACACUGCUCAAAAAAAUAAAGGGAACACUUAAACAACACAAUGUAACUCCAAGUCAAUCACACUUCUGUGAAAUCAAACUGUCCACUUAGGAAGCAACACUGAUUGACAAUACAUUUCACAUGCUGUUGUGCAAAUGGAAUAGACAACAGGUGGAAAUUAUAGGCAAUUAGCAAGACACCCCCAAUAAAGGACUGGUUUUGCAGGUGGUGACCACAGACCACUUCUCAGUUCCUAUGCUUCCUGGCUGAUGUUUUGGUCACUUUUGAAUGCUGGCGGUGCUUUCACUCUAGUGGUAGCAUGAGACGGAGUGUACAACCCACACAAGUGGCUCAGGUAGUGCAGCUCAUCCAGGAUGGCACAUCAAUGCGGGCUGUGGCAAGAAGGUUUGCUGUGUCUGUCAGCGUAGUGUCCAGAGCAUGGAGGCGCUACCAGGAGACAGGCCAGUACAUCAGGAGACGUGGAGGAGGCCGUAGGAGGGCAACAACCCAGCAGCAGGACUGCUACCUCCACCUUUGUGCAAGGAGGAGCAGGAGGAGCACUGCCAGAGCCCUGGAAAAUGACCUCCAGCAGGCCACAAAUGUGCAUGUCUGCUCAAACGGUCAGAAACAGACUCCAUGAGGGUGGUAUGAGGGCCCGACGUCCACAGGUGGGGGUUGUGCUUACAGCCCAACACCGUGCAGGACGUUUGGCAUUUGCCAGAGAACACCAAGAUUGGCAAAUUCGCCACUGGUGCCCUGUGCUCUUCACAGAUGAAAGCAGGUUCAAACUGAGCACAUGUGACAGACGUGACAGAGUCUGGAGACUCCGUGGAGAACGUUCUGCUGCCUGCAACAUCCUCCAGCAUGACCGUUUUGGCGGUGGGUCAGUCAUGGUGUGGGGUGGCAUUUCUUUGGGGGGCCGCACAGCCCUCCAUGUGCUCGCCAGAGGUAGACUGACUGCCAUUAGGUACCGAGAUGAGAUCCUCAGACCCCUUGUGAGACCAUAUGCUGAUGCGGUUGGCCCUGGGUUCCUCCUAAUGCAAGACAAUGCUAGACCUCAUGUGGCUGGAGUGUGUCAGCAGUUCCUGCAAGAGGAAGGCAUUGACGCUAUGGACUGGCCCGCCCGUUCCCCAGACCUGAAUCCAAUUGAGCACAUCUGGGACAUCAUGUCUCGCUCCAUCCACCAACGCCACGUUGCACCACAGACUGUCCAGGAGUUGGCGGAUGCUUUAGUCUAGGUCUGGGUGGAGAUCCCUCAGGAGACCAUCCGCCACCUCAUCAGGAGCAUGCCCAGGCGUUGUAGGGAGGUCAUACAGGCACGUGGAGGCCACACACACUACUGAGCCUCAUUUUGACUUGUUUUAAGGACAUUACAUCAAAGUUGGAUCAGCCUGUAGUGUGGUUUUCCACUUUAAUUUUGAGGGUGACUCCAAAUCCAGACCUCCAUGGGUUGAUACAUUUGAUUUCCAUUGAUCAUUUUUGUGUGAUUUUGUUGUCAGCACAUUCAACUAUGUAAAGAAAAAAGUAUUUAAUAAGAUUAUUUCAUUCAUUCAGAUCUAGGAUGUGUUAUUUUAGUGUUCCCUUAAUUUUUUUGAGCAUUGUAUUUCGCUGUUUCAGUGCAAAUCCACCUCACUGAUUGUUUUGUAAUGGUUAGACUAACUGCUGUUCUCGCGCUCUCUCUCUCUCUCCCUGUCCACAGAGGUGUAUCAUCAACAACACCCACCGGCUGGUGGAGCUGUGUGUGGCCAAGCUCUCUCAGGACUGGUUCCCUUUGCUGGAGCUGCUGGCCAUGGCCACCAACCCCCACUGCAAGUUCCACAUCUACAACGGCACACGGCCCUCCGAGACGGUGCCCGCCGGGGCGCAGCUGGCCGAUGACGAGCUCUUCGCCCGCCCCCCUGACCCUCGGUCCCCCAAGGUAGGGUCCGAAUUCAAG